UUGCUCACUGUAGGUGGCAGUAGAGUCCCGGCUGACGUCACACUGUAUAAGAAGAAGAAGAGCAACAACACAUGAGGCUAACCGGGCUAAAGCUAAAGCUACACUUUUGCCCUUUCAAUGUCGUUUAAUCGCGUUUCGGGUUCAGGAUUAUGAACGAUUUUGAUUUAUCAGCUUAAAUACGUUUAUAAGCACGUUUAUAUUCUGAACAGACGCGGCUGAAGUCAGCGUCUUACUCUAAUUCUCCCGGUCCACCUUAAACAGCGCUGCAGUUACGUACUGGCACCUGAAGCGACACAUUAAUAACUGCUGCACCAUUUAAGGUGGAACGGGAGAAUUUGAGUAAGAAGCCGACUUUAGCCUCGUGAUUAACAGAGCGUAUGAGAUAAUCUGAGGGCUGAUUAGCGGUUUAUAAAGGCCCGGUGUUGUGGUUAUAGCGGUUUAUAAGGCAGGUUAUAAAGCUGUGUGUUCAUAGCUCAGGUCAGCUGUGAUGCUGCGCUGCGCGCUGCUGAGAGCCGCUCUGCUCUGCGGGCCGACCGGCGCUGCUCUCCGGGUCUCGGGUAGCUCGGGGAGUCCACCUCUCCUCCUCUCAGCGAGCUCGGCGAGUCCUCCUCUCCUCCUCCACAGACAGCUCUGCACCUCCACACCUUCACCAGCCGCUCCCACUCAGGAGGAGGAGCGGUUCGGAGGCUAUUGCUCCGACUUCUCCUCCAGGACGAGCUUCCGCAGAGCCUGUCCGGAGCAGCAGGAGCUGAGCUAUCAGAGAACCGGAGAGGAGGAGGAGGAGGAGGAGGAGAAGAAGAAGAUCAGGGGCUUCAGGACCAGGACAGGCCGUAGGAACACGGCAUACUGGUACUUCCUCCAGUGCAAGAGGCUCAUCAGAGAGAACAGACUUGCGGAGGCGCUGCAGCUGUUUGAAGGUGAUAUGCUGAAGGGUGAGCGGCUGCAGCCUGAGGAGUUUAAUUACUCUGUCCUAAUUGGAGGAUGUGGACGAGCUGGUUACGUCAAAAAGGCCUUUCAGCUCUACAACAACAUGAAGAAGCAAGGCUUGGAUCCGUCCGACGCCUCCUACACCGCCCUAUUCAACGCUUGUGCGCAGUCACCAUGGAAACAGUCAGGUCUGGAACAGGCGCUGAAGCUGCGUCAGGAACUGCGCCGGAAGAACGUUCCACUCAAUGCCAUCACCCAUCAUGCACUGCUGAAAACCGUGGCCCUGUCCGGCGACCUGAAGGCUUGCUUUCAAGUGCUAAGGGACAUGCUUCAGAGUGGACAGGCCAUCACGCAGGAGACGUUUCAGUACCUGCUGAUGUGCUGUGUGGAGGACAAGCAGCAGGGCUUCAGACUGGCGUUACAGGUGUGGCACCAGAUGUUCAGCGCUGGCAUAAAACCAGAUCAGCAGAAUUACAACAUCCUCCUGCGUGCUGCAAGGGAUUGUGGGAUAGGUGACCCAGCCAUGGCUUCUGCGUUGCUCCUCAGGGGAAGAGAGGAGUCCGGCCCCAAAGUCACAGCUCAGAGGAGACAACAAAGAUCAAAGGUCAGAGAAGGGACACCACAUUCUAAGCCUUUAGACGUGGAUGCCUUUGAAAGCCAUCUGUUAGCGUUGCCGGCUGACGCCAGCGCUCCAGACACACACCCAAGCGGCCUGUCACAGUCCAGAGACACCACUUUGGACCUUUCUCAGGUGGAGAGCCUGAGGAGAAACGACAGAAACACUCAGAGAGAGGGUGAGCCUUCAAACUUGACCGAGCAAACUCAACUGCUGCCUCUGUCCUCAAGAAAUGACCUUCUGUCUGGUCCACCAACAGCAAGAUCCCAAAACUCCCAACUUCCAAACCUGUUGGACCCAAGCACCUGCUGCUCAGACGUGGUUGCAUUGGGAAUGGUGAGCACGGCGUCCGAUAGGCUGGCACUGAUGGGCAAUCUGGAGGGUUUCUUGGGUAAAAUGGCAAACGAUGGACUGAAGCCCACCAUCAAAACAAUCACGCUGCUGGCGGACGUCAUGGAGCCCAGCAGCCAGUUGAUUCAGAGCCUAAUCUCUGUGGCCGCUGAGAGUGGGGUGAAGCUGGACGUGGCUUUUUUUAACACUCUGAUCCGGAAGGCAGCUAAAGCAGGAGAUCUGGGAGGAGCAAAGGCUGUGAAGGUCCUGAUGGCUGAGAGGAAGCUGCCUGCAAAUGCUCAGACGUUCUGUGGCAUUGCUCUGGCCUGCAGCAGACAGAAAGACGGGCUUCAGCUUCUCUCAGACAUGGAGGCCUGUGGCAUUAAACCCAACGCUCAUGUGUUCAGCGCUCUGAUAAGCCAGGCAUCCAGACGUUUGGACUACACGUACCUGCAUGAACUGCUGAAACAAAUGCACCGACUGCAGGUUCCUCCCAAUGAGGUGAUCAUCCGGCAGCUUGAGUUCGCAGCACAGUAUCCCCCCAACUAUGACCAGUUCAAGUCCAAGAACACCUACUUGGAGAAGAUAGAUGGUUUCCGUGGUUUCUACAGACAGUGGCUAGAGUUCAUGCCAGGCGAAGAGACUCCACACCCGUGGGACAAAUAUCGCCUCCCCAAACCAGAGGCCGAACAAGAUGGAGUCAGCUCACAAAACCAGUCCCCGAACUCCAACCAAUCCUCUGAAAUCCCUUAAAGAAAUGUCCAGCCAAGCCAUUAAAUCAGCAAAUUAACUCCGUGUUAUGGAUUUUUGUGUUCUUCUGCCUGGUGAUUGAGUACCACUGACUUAGUGCUCUUCCUGCCACACUUGCCUGAACCAAAUUCUGGGUAAAUUAUCAUGCUGGAGAGUUCUUUCAGUGCAGGCAGAGCUCUAAGGAUGCGGAGGGCGAUAUGCCAAAUAUCAAGAUACAUGGAGACAUUUUCACAAUAUCAGUGUUUUGACACACAGAUGGAUUAAAGAAAGAAGUAUGUGAUUAUUGUUAAGUUUUCUGAAUGUAUUAUGGAAUCAGAUGAUAUGUAUGUUUUUAUUAAUAUAGUUAUUUGACCCCA